GACCCAUUCGAAGGGACAUCAAAUCAAAGUAACGACACUGUUGAUGAAGCUCUAUACAUGAGAAAUGAUCACAAUGAAGGCAUUUGGAUUUCAAAGAGGGGUAAAUUAUUUCAGCAUAAGAAGAAAAUAUUUCAAGGAGGGGGAAGUAAAAAACCCAAGUCAAGGAAACGAAAAAGAGCAACUUGAACAUGUAACCUUUGAAUUAAUUAUGCCAUUUUUGUUUCAUGUUUGAAUUAAUAUAGUCGAUUAUAUUUGAAUUAAUCAUGGUUGAUUAAUUUUUUGAAUUAAUCAUGGUUGAUUAAUUUUGAAAUUUUAUUGUGUUACAGGUAAAUGGCUUCAGAUUCUGAGUCCACUGAAAUCCCUCCAUCAGAUCCCGCUACAACUUGUACUGAUGCUCCGUUGUCACAAAAAAAAUUGGAACAGGAAUAUUACAAUAUCCAGCGAGGCCUAACAAUAAUGGAAGAAGUCACAAAAACAAGAGCAGCAGGGAAAAAAAUAUCAGUGCAGUGGAACAAGAAAGGCCAAGCCAUCAAAUCUGCAAAGUUUAUAAGUUAUAUUGGGGUUGUGGCAAAGACAACUGUACCUAUCACGCAGAAAUCUUGGCGCAAAGUUGAUCAAGCCACGAAGGACAUUGUUUGGGAGACUGUAUCUUCAGGAUUUGAAAUAGACGAGAGCAAGAAGGAUUUUGUCCUUCAAAAGGCUGGGAGGGCAUUACGGUCUUUCAGACAUUUUAUUACACAAAAAUAUUUGAAAGACCCUGAUGCUGAAUUUGUAGCCCAAGUUCCUCCCCUAUUACAGCCUUUAGUAAAGCAAGAAGAUUGGGAUGCUUUUGUUGUCUCUCGGCGCGAGAAGGAAUUUAAGGAACUGAGCGCCCAAAAUAAGAAGAGAGUGGCCAAGAAUGAAUACCCUUACAGAGCAGGGAGGUUAGGGUAUGCAGGCGUGGAGCAGAAAGAAGUUGAGGCCGAGGGAUCGGAUGUUACUAUAUCCCGCCAAAGACUCUGGGCAUUGGCACGAACAAAUAAAGAUGGAGUGAUUGACAACCCUCGUGUGAAAGAGGUUGCUGAAAAAAUUGAUUCCCUCUCUCAAGAAGUAUCACAGGGCAAGCUUCCUGAGCAUGAGGAUAUCUUAGCUAGAGCGUUGGGGACCCCUGACCACCCUGGUCGUGUUAGGGGUGUUGGCUUCGGUGUCACAAAGAAGCAAUACUUUGGCAAGAUUAAGAAGCGAACAUCGGCUUCUUCAUCCGAGGUCCAAGAGUUGAGAGAAGAGCAAGCUGUUAUGAAGCAACAGCUAGAAGCCCAAGCAAAGUUAAUUGACAUGCUAUUGAAGGGCCAGAUCCCUGGGAGGCUUUUGGGUGACGUUAGCCCCAGCGGAAAAGAUAGCUGCACAGUCCCUUCAGACAAAAUACCCGAGGGCGAGAAUGACUGCAACUGUUUAGCAGACAAUCCGUCACGCAAAGUAGUUGCAACGGGACGCGUGUAUAACAUUGCCGGGGACACAAUCCAUAACCUUCCCCUCCCGCCCGAUUGCAUUAGGGUUUCCUUGCUUGUUGCAAUCGACCCCAAGUAUCCAUUACCUUAUCCUACCGAUGAGAUGCAGACGGUAGGAGAUGCGUUGGGGAGCUUCGUUGCAUGGCCCAGCCACCUUGUUAUGGUUGGUACACCAAAGCCGCCAAAGGACCCCUUGCCACCAAAGAAAAAGUGCCUAUGCCUGUUGUAG